AUGUCGUCAAAUUAUUCCAACGACCGGAACCCGCCAGUGUUGGCGAUAGUCGCAAUCGUGGUGCUCGUUGUUUUCGUCAUCGCCGCCGUGAUUCUGUAUUCACUCAAGUCUCGGCAACUCGAUCGUGAAACAGCUUCCGCUACCGCGAAUAGCCGACCAAUAGCUCUCCGGAGGCGAGGAAGUGCACGCUCGGUGAAUAAUAGACCGGAUCCCGAAAUCCUCGCCGAUCCACCUCCUUCGUAUGGUGAACACAGCGAUGGAAAGUUGGUGGAGGAAUUCGACGCCGAAUACGACGUACCUGCGGCCUUCGAGCUUAUCAGGUCGAUAGCCAAGGCUGUCACUCUUCCCGUACCAAUCCUGCCAACCGAAGCGCCACCAGAGAGCAGCCCUCAUCCAUCGUCAACAGAAGGCUCGGCGGAGGAGGUGGAGACGCUGACGACGUACGAAAAGAUGCGGCGAACUCAGCGGCUGGUCGGGGACCUCAAAAGGCUUAACGCUGCGGCCCCAAUUGAGGGAUACCCAGUUGGCUCUCCCGAGUAUUGCAAGGCCAAUCGACUGAGAGAGUCGAUUGCGAGCCUUAUGGAACCUCCAUCCUCGCCUAUGUCUUCGCGGGCUCCCUCGAUCGUUAUCUCGUUGGCGGGUUCGGCACAUUGGCCUGACUCACGGCCGAGCUCUUUCGUUUCAACGUCGUACGCCUCGUCGGUGCCUUCACGACCUGGGUCUUCCAACGGCCACGGCGAAUCCUCGUCAUCACCAUCAUCAGCUUCCCACCACACUCACCCUCAGCGUGCAUCCCUAUACGAGCGUAUGCUCGAAAUCCAAACGCUCCUGGAUCGGAUAGACGAAAUCACCUCCUCUUCCAGUCCUCCAUCAUCAGCGUCUUUAGAACCUCGGCCACAACCGACCUCGGAAGAAGUGAAUGUAACCGUGAAGGAGCUUCGGAGGAGGAUUGCGGAAUUGAUGGAGCAGCCGGAGAGGUCUCCUACGUAUUCUGAGUCUGACGGUGGGGUUGCUGGAGAUGCGAGCGCGAGCUCGAGCUCGAGGAUGGGUGGAGUGGACCGCGAUCGCUCUUCACUGCCUCCGCCGUAUCGACGGCCUACGUUGGAUACUGCACACGGGCCAACGCUGACGGCUGAGCCUGAGUCUGUGAUCGCACCCUCACGGACUUCAUGA